AUGCUUAAUUCCAUCAAUACAACGUACCUCAACACGACGGGCAACCAUUUCUUAAACGGGUUAAUCUCCAACUCGACCUACGGAACGCUACGUCGGUCCGCCACGGGAUGGACACCGCUUCUUAUCGUGAAGCUGCUCAUCUCCGUCUUUUCCCUCCUUCUGAAUGCCGCCGUCCUCCUCGUCCACUGCUUCAUCCCGGCGUACAUCGACCCUUUCAGUGUGUACCUGUUGGCAUUGUUCCUCUCCAACCUCGUAUCGCGUCCCAUGGCAAUCCUUGACGAACUAUAUUUCAUCUACCAGGCAACCGGUUAUUCUGUGUGCGUGCUGUACAUAUACAACAAAGUAUCGAGUGUCAUGCCAGUCAUCUUCCACGUCCUCAUUUCCCUCAACCGGGUGUGGGCCGUAGCCUUUCCCAUCUCCUACCGCGAGCGCCACACUAAACGCUUGGCUGUGUGCAUCUGUCUGGGCGCUGUUAUCUACGUCCAUCUUGUUAAUCUUCCGCUAUUUUUGAUCGAUUCACUGAAGUAUCAUCCGGCUUCCUACGCGCAGUACCAAGAUUGCGGACAAAUUUCUCCCAGUUUCCUGGAUUUUAACAAAAUGGAUGACAUUGUGAAUGGUCUCCUCCCGAUGCUCAUUAUAAUGGUAGCGUAUGUGUUCAUUAUUGUUAAACUGUGGAAAAAGAGAAGUUCACGUCGCCGCAGUGUUUCCGUAAACACCAGAAAAUCAACACCGGCUAGGAGAGAAACUUCCACGCAGAAUCCCCAAUCCACCGCUACGCAGCCAUCGCCACCAAGGAAAACCGUUAAGCCGUUUGUCGUGUUAACGCUGACGUUUAUCAGUGUGGUGGUGUGCUGGGCACCGAUACAGACGUUCUUCUUCAUGGGAUUGUUCCUCCACAUCGGCCUACCGGGCACCGUCUUCACCGCGGUGUCCACGCUGUAUUCACUGCAAAUGAUCUUCGAUCCGCUGAUGUGGGUCGGGAGUUUGCGCAGCGACAAAUAG